ACAAUGGUGUUGAAAUAGAUUAUCACAUCGUCUGCGUCCCUUUUUCCCCGCAUUGGUCCCCUUGAUAUCCAGUUUUUCUUAUUUCUCUUUUCUUCCGCACUUCUUUAACAACGCCUCUUCUUCAUUAAAACAGCCGGCCAAAUCAACCCUUCCCCGCCCCCCAACUCUUUUUAUUCAUUUCUACUUUCACUGACUUUCAUGGCUCCAUUGAAGACGUUUACCAGAGACGAAGUAGCCAAACACAAUACUGAAAGCGACUGCUGGAUUAUUGUUGAUUCUGAAGUUUUCGAUGUUACCAAAUUCGCUGAUUUGCAUCCUGGUGGCGCUCAAGCGCUCUUGAUGUAUGGUGGAAAAGAUGCCACUGAGGAUUUCUAUGGCUUGCAUCGUCAAGAUGUUCUUUUGAAAUACGCACCGCGUCUCAAGAUUGGAAGCAUUGCCGACGAAACGCCUCAAAUCGAAGUCGCCGAUCCCGCCAACUUCUCCAAAGUUCCCUACGGCGAACCCAGUUACUGGAUGGGAUUCAGAAGUCCUUAUUUCACUGAAAGUCACACAAAGUUCCGUCAAGCUUUGCGCGCGAUCUAUGCAGAGAUCAAGUCGGAAGCGUUCAUGACGGAGGAUAGUGGCAAAGCACCUUCUUCGGAAUUGUACCAAAAAUUGGGAGCCGAGGGAGUGUUGGCUACUCAGAUCGGUCCUGGCCCAUGGCUCAAGGGUCUUAAAUUGCCUGGUGGCAUUAAGCCGGAAGAAUUCGAUUACUUCCAUGAACUCAUCGCUCAUCAGGAAACGGCUCGUAUUGGUACCCCCGGCUUCGCCGAUGGUAUUUCCUCUGGUUACAGUAUCGGUCUUCCUCCGAUCUUCAACUUUGGUUCGGCAGCUCUGAAGCAGAGAGUCGUCCCUGAAGUGUUACUGGGCAAGAAGCGCAUUUGCUUGGCCAUUACUGAGCCGUAUGCUGGAUCGGAUGUGGCCCGUAUUCGCACUACGGCGAAACGUACCCCGGACGGCAAGCAUUUUAUUGUGAAUGGCGUGAAAAAGUGGAUUACCAAUGGUACCUUUUCGGAUUACUUUUCUGUUGCGGUGAACACGGAAAAGGGUAUUACCAUGCUUUUCAUUGAACGUGAUGACAAUGUCGAAACCAAGGCCAUCAAAACAUCGUACUCGUCUGCCGCCGGUACCGCUUACGUGAUUUUUGACAACGUCAAAGUGCCUGUGGAGAACAUCCUUGGCAAGGAAGGCAAGGGAUUCCAGGUUAUCAUGUACAAUUUUAACCACGAACGUUGGUACAUUUGCGGUGCCAUCACUGGCGCAACACGCUCGGUCAUUGAGGAAUGUUUCAAGUGGGCGAACCAGCGCAAGGUGUUCGGCAAGCGUCUCAUUGAUCAGCCCGUCAUCCGUAACAAACUGGCUUCCAUGGUGUCGCAAUUGGAGUCGGUUGAGAACUGGCUGGAGAAUAUUACGUAUCAAAUGUGCAAUAUGUCGUAUGCGGAGCAGUCAGUGAAGUUGGCGGGACCUAUUGCUCUUUUGAAGUAUCAGUGUACUCGUGUGGCUCAUCAUGUAUCGGACGAUGCUUGUCAAAUCUUUGGUGGACGAGGCAUUACCAAGACGGGAAUGGGUAGAACCAUCGAAGCGUUCCAGCGAACAUACAAAUUUGCGGCCAUUUUGGGUGGAUCGGAAGAAAUCAUGGCGGAUUUGGGCAUCCGUCAAGCCAUGCGCCAAUUCCCAAAUGCUCGUCUGUAAAGAAAAAAAAUACCACAUAUUUCCUUUCAGCUUGUCACUGCACAUGCACAUGUUGUACCUUUUUGAAAAAGGUUACGGAACAAAGUAUUAUUCACUCUGUUUUCUAUUGAAUUUUUUCCUGUAAAAAUAAAAAAUUCAAAUCACGGAUUCACCGGGCGCUUUUAACCGUCCGUUCUCAG